AUGUCUGCUAGUACACCUGCUGGAAAUGAGACGGUCGCGCUGGAAAAAUACGAUGCUGAGAAACUUAUAUCCUUUUUGCGGGAAAAGGAUUUAGAAAAUAAUGAUGUUACUGGUCGCGCCUUCCUCGAAAUGACCAAACAUGAUUUCCGAGAUAUUAAUUUAAAGGCAGGUCCUGCGUUGGUGCUUGCGAACUUUGCUAAAGAGUGUAAGAAGGAAAGGUUGCCUUAUUCCAAGCCCUCCAAACUUAACUUGGAUUUUUAUAACACAAUUCCACUCGAAAACUGGUCAUGUAAUAAGUUAGUAGAACAUUACCGUGAAAACUUAGAAAAGAGUGGAAAUUGGAAAACUUCUCCCAAGAAGUUCAAUAUGGAUCUUAAACGAGAUUAUUCCCAAUUUAAAAUCGAUACAUUACAGGUAAAACAACAGAUGAUUGCAACAGGGAACGCUUCUACCCAAAUUGUUGACAAUCGAAAACUUCUUCGGGAUGACAACGGAGAAGCUGUGAAGAUAAGCUCUAGCGAUGAUGAUAUUCACGCUGAUAUUAAAAGCUGGUCUCCCGAUCAUGUAAAGAAAUUUCUUAAAUCUCGCAUGGAAAAUUCUGAUUAUGAUGAAACCGAAAUCGAAAAAAUCCGAAAUCAAGAUCUUACGGGUAAGGCCUUUCUCCGAUUAACUGAAGAGAAAUUGACUCGAAAACCCGGCCUUUACGAGCUCAAGUCAAGUCCGGCGGAAGGAGUAAUGGAACUAGUCGAGGAGCUUAAUGAAAAACUAG